UCCAAAGUCAACAUACAAAAUGUUGGCGUGGAUGAUAUGGUUCUGCUCACAAAGAUUAAUGAAGAAGCCAUCGUUGAGAACCUGAAGAAAAGAUUGAAUGCAAAUGCCAUGUUUACUUAUAUCGGACCUGUGCUCAUUUCCGUUAAUCCUUUCAAGGAGAUGCCGUACUUCACAGAGAAAGAGAUGGAAAUUUAUCAAGGUGCAGCACAGUAUGAAAAUCCACCACAUAUUUACGCUGUUGCGGAGAACAUGUUUAGGAAUAUGCUAAUUGACAAUGAAAAUCAGUGUGCGAUUAUUAGCGGUGAAAGUGGUGCCGGUAAGACGGUUAAUGCUAAAUUUAUAAUGAAUUAUAUAGCCAGAAUGUCAGGUGGUGGUCAGAGGGUUCAGCACGUAAAAGAUGUAAUCUUGCAAUCAAAUCCACUUCUUGAAGCCUUCGGGAACAGUGCAACAGUCAGAAAUUGGAAUUCUAGUCGAUUCGGAAAGUAUGUGGAAAUUGUUUUUAGUAGAGGCGGUGAACCAAUUGGCGGAAAAAUUUCGAAUUUUUUGUUAGAAAAAUCUCGAGUGGUACAUCAAAAUCUUGGAGAACGCAAUUUUCAUAUUUUUUAUCAAAUGUGUAGGGGAGCAGAUAACAAUAUGAAACGUACGUUACUUUCCUUUUAUGGGCUUUGGGCACUUGAUCAGUAUAAUUAUUUGAAUCACAGCGGAUGCUACGACGCUCAAGGCACUGAUGAUGUAAAUGAAUAUAAGCAAACAAUGCACGCAAUGGGCGUCGUCGGUAUUCCUCCGGAAGUUCAGAGGGAGAUAUUAAACAUUAUUGCUGCUAUGUUACAUAUAGGAAAUAUUAAGUUUGUUGAAAGUAAAAAUUAUGCAGCAGUCAGUGACACACUCGAAUACCCGGCACUUUUGUUGGGUUUAAAGCCGGGAGAAAUAAACGAAAAGUUGGUAAGUCGACAUAUGGAAAGUAGGUGGGGCCAAGAAACUGAAGAGAUUGAUGUAAGACUAAAUGUUGAACAAGCCGAAUUUACUCGAGAUGCUUGGGUGAAGGAUCUUUACGUCCGACUUUUCGAAUACCUCAUAAAUUCUGUCAACGAUGAGAUGAAAGUUACAACUAGAUAUUCUGGGCUUCCUUUAUCGAUUGGAAUAUUGGAUAUUUACGGUUUCGAAAUUUUUGACGUAAAUGGAUUCGAACAGUUUUGUAUCAAUUUCGUCAAUGAGAAGUUGCAACAAGUUUUUAUUGAGCUUACACUGAAGGCUGAGCAAGAAGAAUACGUUAGUGAAGGCAUUGUAUGGACUCCUAUAGAUUACUUUAAUAAUAAGAUUGUUUGUGAUCUCAUAGAAGCCAAAAAACCACCGGGCAUUAUGUGUAUCCUGAACGAUAUUUGUUCACAGAUUCACGGACAAAGUGAAGGCGUAGAUAACCAGUUUUUGUCUAGGUUAAGCCAGUUGCUCUCUACUCAUCAGCAUUUGCAUAUAGGCCCAGAUUGCUUUGUUGUUCGACACUACGCUGGCGACGUUACAUAUCAUGCCGAUGGAUUCUGCGAAAAAAAUCGCGACGUUUUUUAUCAGGAUUUCAUUCCUUUAAUGCAAAGUAGCCAAAAACCUUAUAUAAAAAGCUUGUUCCCUGAAACGAUUUCAAGUGGUGCAAAAUCAAUACCAACUAGUUUCGCCUCAAAAAUUAAGGCGCAAGCUAACGGUCUCAUCGAUUCGCUAAUGAGAUGUGCUCCGCAUUAUAUUCGCUGCAUAAAGCCUAAUGAAACAAAAAGGCCAAAUGAUUGGGAAAGUAAGAGAGUUUUGCACCAAGUCCAGUAUCUAGGACUUAAGGAAAAUAUAAGAGUAAGGCGUGCUGGUUUCGCCUACAGAAGACGUUUUGAACAGUUUCUUUUUCGUUAUGCGCUUCUUAGUGAGCAAACAUGGCCGAAAUUCAACGGAGACCCGAAGGAGGGCUGCAAGAUAGUAUGCAGAGCUGCUAACUUGGAAAGCGAUCAGUACCAAAUGGGGCUAAAUAAGAUUUUUGUUAAAAAUCCUGAGUCGCUUUUUCUUUUGGAAGAGUUGCGUGAAAGAAAGUAUGACGCAUAUGCUCGCAUUAUACAAAAAGCUUUCAAACGCUUCAUUGCUCGGAAGAAAUAUUCGAAAAAGAAGGAAGAAGCUAGUGACCUGCUCUUUAAUCAUAAAGAAAGGAGACGCUAUUCAAUUAAUAGGGGCUUUGUUGGAGAUUAUAUCGGGUUGGAGUAUGCUCCUGCACUCCAGAUGUUGGCAGGAAAAAAAGAAAGGGUUUUAUUCGCUGCCACUGUGGAUAAGUAUGAUCGCCGUUUCAAAGUGUCAAAACUUGAUCUUCUUGUGACUGGGAAAGCUAUAAUGUUGAUAGGUCGGGAACUGGUAAAGAAGGGUAAAGACAAGGGGAAGUUGGUGGAGGUUGUGAAAAGGGAUCUGGGAUAUGCAGAAAUAGAGUCGAUUAGCUUAAGUCCAUUUCAAGAUAAUUUUCUUGCCAUCGCUGUCCGUGAUUCGCACACGUCAUUACUAGAAACUCCGUUGAAAACCGAGUUCAUAACUGCUGCGAGUAAGAAGUACAAGGAUGUCAUGAAUGGCGCUGUUCUUCCUAUUGAGUUCCGAUCGUCUUUUACUAUAAUACUGAAGAAGAGUCGAUUUGGAGGUGGUACUCGAAAUGUUAUGUUCUCUCAGGAACCCGGCAUAGGGGAUGCGACCAAAACCACAUCGAAGGGGAAGACUCUUCAUGUCAGUGUAGGUCCAGGAUUGCCUAAUACCACUCGUCCGUCCUCUCAUGCUCCAGAUGGCGGAACAAAAACUUCACAAAAUGGUGCAGUGAGAAGUCAUCAGUCCAAGGUCAGUCUAUUUACAAAGACUAUUUUUGGUAAUUUCACUUCUAGGUUACUGGAAAAGCUUCAGAUACGACCAAAAAGACCUGCCCCUCUUCCCCGACCCCCGCUGAAACCGAAACCCGUACCCCUUGUCGAAGCCUUGUACUCUUACGAUGCCCAAGACACCGACGAACUGUCAUUUGUUGUUGGUGACAAAUUCGAGUUGAUCGAUAAAGAUCCCUCCGGUUGGUGGCGCGGGAAGAUAAAAAAUCGAACUGGAUUAUUCCCGGGAAAUUAUGUCAAAGAAAUUGGUAAAUAUUGUUGUAGUGUACAAAAUUAA